CGCUGAUGACGUUGCCCAGCGCGCCAGGAUUCGAGGAGCUCAGGGACUGCGAGAGCUGUUGCCACGAACCUAAAGCCUCUCUCCAGCGAGGGACAACUGCAGAGAUGUCCUCAGUCCUUCACUUUUUUGUGCGUCCCUCUGGCCACGAGGGGGCAGCCUCUGCAUACACACAAAGGAAGCUGCGAGGGGAACUGCCAGCGCUGCAGGGUAUCAAGACUGAGUUGUGCUACAACGUGAACUGGACAGCUGAGUCCUUCCCAAGCGCCGAGGAGAUGAAGAAACUGACCUGGCUGUUUGGCUGCCCCUUGUUACUGGACGAUGUUGCUCAGGAGUCCUGGCUCCUUCCCGGCUCCAAUGACCUGCUGCUGGAGGUCGGGCCCAGACUGAACAUCUCCACCCCAACAUCCACCAACAUUGUGUCAGUGUGCCAGGUCGCGGGGCUGGGGGCCGUGGACCGCGUGGAGACCACCCGGCGCUACCUGCUCUCGUUUGCCCACCCCCCUUCAGCUGAGAUGGAGGCCAUGGCUCUGGCCACCCUGCAUGACCGGAUGACGGAGCAGCACUUCCCCCGUCCCAUCCAGAGCUUCUCCCUUGGGUGCGUCCCAGCACCCCUCAGCGGCCCGAUCGACAUACUGGCCAAGGGCCGGUCUGCCCUGGAGAAAGCCAACCAGGAGCUCGGUCUGGCCCUAGACUCCUGGGACCUGGAUUUCUACACCAAGCGCUUCCAGGAGCUGCCGAACCCUAGCAUCGUGGAGGCCUUCGACUUGGCUCAGUCUAAUAGUGAGCACAGCCGACACUGGUUCUUCAAGGGCCGACUCCACGUGGAUGGGCAGGAGCUGGCCACCUCGCUGCUUGAGGCCAUCAUGAGCACCCAGGCCUCCUCAAACCCCAACAACAUCCUCAAGUUCUGUGACAACAGCAGCGCAAUCCAGGGGAAAGAAGUCCAAUUCCUGCAGCCUGAGGACCCCGCACGGCCAAGCCGCUUCCAGCAGCGUCAGGGACUGAGACAUGUUGUCUUCACAGCAGAGACCCACAACUUCCCCACAGGAGUAGCCCCCUUCAGCGGUGCAACCACUGGCACAGGGGGCCGGAUCCGUGACGUCCAGUGUACAGGCCGCGGGGCGCACGUGGUGGCUGGCACUGCUGGCUAUUGCUUUGGAAACCUGCACGUCCCAGGUUACAGCCUGCCCUGGGAGGAUCCAAGCUUCCCGUAUCCUGGGAACUUUGCCCGACCCCUGGAGAUUGCCAUCGAGGCCAGUAAUGGGGCUUCUGACUACGGCAACAAGUUCGGGGAGCCGGUGCUGGCUGGCUUUGCCCGCUCCUUCGGCCUCCAGCUCCCAGACGGCCAGCGGCGUGAGUGGAUCAAGCCCAUCAUGUUUAGUGGAGGCAUCGGGUCCAUGGAAGCUGAACACAUGAGCAAGGAGCCCCCAGAACCAGGCAUGGAUGUUGUGAAGGUGGGGGGUCCUGUCUACAGGAUUGGAGUUGGGGGCGGGGCCGCUUCGUCUGUGCAGGUACAGGGAGACAACGCCAGCAACCUGGACUUUGGGGCUGUGCCGGGGGACCCAGAGAUGGAACAGAAGAUGAACCGCGUCAUCCGAGCUUGUGUGGAGGCCCCCAGGGGAAACCCCAUCUGCAGCCUCCAUGACCAGGGCGCCGGUGGCAAUGGCAACGUCCUGAAGGAGCUGAGCGACCCAGCUGGAGCCAUCAUUUACACCAGCCGCUUCCAGCUGGCGGACCCAACCCUGAAUGCCCUGGAAAUCUGGGGGGCUGAAUACCAGGAGUCAAAUGCGCUUCUGCUGAGGCCCCCCGACCGGGACUUCCUGAUGCGUGUCAGCGCCCGGGAACGCAGCCCGGCUUGCUUUGUGGGCACCAUCACCAAAGAUGGGAGAAUAGUGCUGGUGGAUGACCGGGAGGGUCCUGUGGGAAGAGAUGGCCAGGGGGAUGCCCCCCCGGCCCCUCCCCCAACCCCUGUGGACCUGGACCUGGACUGGGUGCUGGGAAAGAUGCCUCGGAAGGAGUUCUUCCUCCAGAGGAGUCUCCCUGUGCUGCAGCCUCUGGCCUUGCCCCCAGGGCUGAGCGUGCGCCAGGCUCUCGAGCGGGUUCUCAGGCUGCCUGCUGUGGCCAGCAAGCGCUACCUCACCAACAAGGUGGACCGCUCUGUGGGCGGCUUGGUGGCACAGCAGCAGUGUGUGGGACCCCUGCAGACCCCUCGCGAUGUGGCAGUUGUGGCACUGAGUCACCAGGAGCUCGUAGGGGCUGCCACAGCCUUGGGAGAGCAACCAGUCAAGAGCCUGCUGGACCCCAAGGUGGCUGCCCGGCUGGCCGUGGCCGAAGCCCUCACCAACCUGGUGUUUGCUCUGGUCACCGACCUCCGGGAUGUGAAAUGCAGUGGGAACUGGAUGUGGGCAGCUAAGCUCCCAGGGGAGGGUGCAGCUCUGGCUGACGCCUGUGAGGCUAUGGUGGCAGUGAUGGCGGCCCUGGGUGUGGCGGUGGAUGGUGGCAAGGACUCCCUCAGCAUGGCUGCCCGGGUUGGCUCUGAGACCGUGCGGGCUCCUGGGUCGCUGGUCAUCUCAGCCUACGCUGUCUGUCCGGACAUUACGGCCACUGUGACCCCGGACCUCAAGCAUCCAGGAGGGAGAGGCCGUCUGCUCUACGUGCCCCUGAGUCCCGGGCAGCACCGGCUGGGGGGCACAGCUCUGGCCCAGUGUUUCUCCCAGCUUGGCGAGCAGCCUCCUGACCUGGACCUUCCUGAGAACUUGGUGCGUGCCUUCAACAUCACCCAGGGGCUGCUGAAAGACCGCCUGCUCAGCUCAGGCCAUGAUGUCAGUGACGGGGGCCUCAUCACCUGCCUGCUAGAGAUGGCCUUUGCCGGGAAUUGUGGGAUAGAGGUGGACCUCCCUGCACCUGGGGUCGAUGCGCUGCCUGUGCUGUUUGCUGAGGAGCCAGGCCUGGCGUUGGAGGUGCAGGAGCCAGACCUGGCCCGAGUGCUGGCACGUUGGGACUCUGGCCUCCACUGCCUGGAGCUGGGCUGCACGGGCGAUGCCGGGCCCCAUGCCAUGGUCCGCAUAUCAGUGAACGGGGCUGUGGCUGUGGAGGAGCCCGUCGGGCGGCUCCGAUCCCUGUGGGAGGAGACCAGUUUCCAGCUGGAGCGGCUGCAGGCGGAGCCGCAGUGUGGCGAAGAAGAGCGGGGGCUGAGGGAGCGGACGGGGCCCACCUACUACCUGCCCCCCACCUUUCCCAAAGCUUCCGUGCCUCACGCACCUGGCGGUGCCACCCCCCGAGUUGCCAUCUUCCGAGAAGAAGGCAGCAACGGAGACCGGGAGAUGGCCGAUGCCUUCCACCUGGCUGGGUUUGAGGUGUGGGACGUGACCAUGCAGGACCUCUGCUCUGGAGCAGUUGGCCUGGACACGUUCCGGGGAGCGGCCUUCGUGGGCGGCUUCAGCUAUGCCGAUGUCCUGGGCUCUGCCAAAGGGUGGGCAGCUGCCGUGACCUUUAACCCACGGGCCGGGGCUGAGCUGAGGCGCUUCCGGGAGCGGCCAGACACCUUCAGCCUGGGCGUGUGUAACGGCUGCCAGCUGCUGGCUCUGCUGGGCUGGGUGGGAGGCAGUCCCGGGGAGGAGGCAGCAGAGAGGGGCCAGGAUUCCUGGCCAGCCCGGCCCGGCCUCCUGCUGCGCCACAACCUGUCGGGGCGUUAUGAGUCACGCUGGGCCAGCGUGCGUGUGGGACCCGGGCCAGCCCUGAUGCUGCGAGGGAUGGAGGGCGCCGUGCUGCCCGUGUGGAGCGCUCACGGGGAAGGUUACAUGGCAUUUUCCUCUCCGGAACUCCAAGCCCAGAUCGAGGCCAGGGGCUUGGCUCCGCUGCACUGGGCAGACGAUGAUGGGAACCCCACAGAACAGUACCCCCUGAAUCCCAACGGGUCCCCAGGGGGCGUGGCUGGCGUCUGCUCCCCUGACGGCCGCCACCUGGCUCUCAUGCCGCACCCUGAGCGGUCUGUGCGGCCUUGGCAGUGGGCAUGGCGGCCUCCUCCCUUUGACACGCUGGCCACCUCGCCCUGGCUCCAGCUCUUCGUUAAUGCCCGAAAGUGGACCCAGGAAGGAGGCUGCUGAGCAGGCCAGGAGGCCGCCCUGGGCCCCAUGGUUUGUGCCUGGGGUGACUGCUCCCCUCUCACGCAUUCCCUUUAGAAAUACCUCAUAUUCUUUCCAACUGUGUUUUGGAGGGACAGGGACCAAAAUCCCAAAAAAAGCCUCAGCUCAUUUUACUAAUCUGCCUGUCAUUGCCUUACGCUAUUGGACCUGUUUUCAGUUCUACUCUGACAUGUUUUGUUCUUUGUGGGCCCGGGAAGCCCACAUGGGCUGUGAGGGUUUCAGAGAAAAGAGCCUGCAGCAGAAAGUUAGGAUGCAGGGGGGGACGGGGUUCCACGGCGCCCCCCUCACUGUACCACGUCACUCGUGUCACUUAUCUGAGCUGUCACGUAUGGCCCCCUUCCCCAUCACCGGGGUUUAGGGGAUGGGGGUGUACAAAACCAUGCAAGUCAGGUCCGCAGCGUUCUCAUCUGAAAACCAGCAGCAGCUUUCUGGAUGCUUCUUUUUAAAUGCUGCACAGUGCUGAGCAUAACCAAUCGUUGGCAGCUUCUCUGACAGGGUCUCCCUCUGUGCCAUAGGGCUGCCCUGCUGCUGGCCUCUGAACUCAAUUUUCCUGACUUUUUGACUUUGAAUGUAGCAGAUCGCUUCCUGACAGCAGUGGUCAGCACCCUGAUGCCUCACACCGAGUAGUAUUCAUUCAUUCAUUCAUUCAUUCCUUCCUUUAACAUUUGAUUGAUGAUUCACCACGGUGCCAAGCACUCUCACUGCUGCCAGGGAGUUUAUGAUCUAAUAAGAUUAUUUUUUCUUUCUUUUUUUUUCUUUUUCUUUUUUGCUUUUUAUGGCCAUACCUGUGGCAUAUGGAGGUUCCCAGGCUAGGGGUCUAAUGGGAGCUACAGCUGCCGGCCUACACCACAGCCACAGCAAUGCCAGAUCCGAGCCACAUCUGCAACAUACAUCACAGCUCACAGCAACACUGGAUCAGCUGUGGCUCAGGUUCAGUCCUUGGUCCAGAAACUUCCAUAUGCUGCAGGUGUGGCUAUAAAAAAAUAAACAUGAUAUAAAUAAAAAUUAAAACAAAUCCUAAGAGUUCAGUAAGGUUCUUGAUAGCGUCACUCCAUCCCCGCCCCACCCCCUAUUUUUUUUUUUAACAAAAGAAGAACUAAGAGCUAAAUAAAUUGCCCGGGGUCACACAGCAAAGGGCAGAGCCAGAAGGCCAUGUCCAGUGAUGCAACAUCUGCUUCCCACCACUCUGCUGUCACAUUUCCGGGAGGAGGCGUCAGGGAUUCUUGCCGACAGCUGUUCUUGCUUCCUUUGCUCAGAAGAGUGUGUGUAGAGGCCACUUCCUUAUGACUGUGUUUUGUAGCUCAAGUCGGCUUGCCCCUAAAUAACAUCUUUUUUUUUUUUUUUUUUUUUUUUGUCUUUUGAUUUCUUGGCCACUCCCGGGAAUAUGGAGAUUCCCAGGCUAGGGGUUGAAUCGGAGCUGUAGCCACCAGCCUAUGCCAGGGCCACAGCAACGUGGGAUCCGAGCCGCGUCUGCAACCUACACCACAGCUCACGGCAAUGCCGGAUCAUUAACCCACUGAGCAAGGGCAGGGAUCGAACCCACAACCUCAUGGUUCCCAGUCGGAUUCGUUAACCACUGCGCCACGACGGGAACUCCUCAACAUCUUGAUUAAAGAAGUUUCCCUGAGAAUGGAGCCUGGAAUCUCAGAUUCCCAAGGGCUUUGGGCCUGCAGGGAAGGGGGAGGCUGAGAACAUGGGCUCUUGGUAGAGAAGCCUAAGAGAAGAUUGUCGAAAAUCACCACUUGAGGUCUGUUUUUCCUUAUUGCUUUGCAAACGGACCUAUCCAGAGCAGGGUGGGGCUAGUAGGAGUCAUUUCUGGCUUUUGAUUUUUUGGCCACAUCCUCCGCAUGUGGAGGUUCCCCAGCAGAUCAAAGCAGAACCACAGCAGUGACAACUUCAAAUCCUUAACCCAUUUCAUCACCAGGGAACUCCCAUUUUCAGCAUUUGAAUGUAUUUGCUGAUGCUGGGAAACCGUAUAAAUAUUGUAAAUAAUCUCAAAUGCACAGUUUUGGAGGCUAAUACCAAGGCUUGGAUGUCAAGUUGACGAGCACUUGAUGCAAAACUAGAAGUGAGGGAGGGGGUAGACAGGCCUUGGGCUGAGAACAGCUGGGACCUGUCAGGCUGAGUAAAUUGGGCCUUGCUUCUCUAGAAGCAAGUUAAUGGCAGGAGCUGAGCUCUGCUGGAGUAUAAAAGUAAGAUGAAGGUAUUCCUGUUGUGGCUCAGUGGGAACCAACCUAACUAGUACCCAUGAGGAUGAGGGUUCACUCCCUGGCCUUGCUCAGUGGGUUAAGUACCCAGUGUUGCUAUGAGCUGUGGUAUAGUUUGCAGACGUGGUUCGGAUCUGGUAUGGCUGUGGUGUAGGCUGACAGCUGUAGCUCCUAUUCGACCCCUAGUGCCUAAAAAUAAAUUAAAAAAAAAAAAGAUGACUGCUUCAAUCAAUCACUCCUGCGGUCAAGGAGACCCCCCCCCCAUUACACAUGUGCAGAGUCAAAAAGGAAGGGGGCACCAGGCCAUCUCAGAACCUUUUGCUCUGGAAUCCGUCUUUGCCAAAAGAUGGGCACGCAUAUCGGGGAGGGCCCUGGGUCCAGCCAGAACUGUCUCACCUCUCUGAUGUGCUCCUCAUUCAGGGGUACACCCAAGCCCUGCUCCUUUGGGGUGUGGAUUACUGCUCUGCUUCUGUCUUAGAUAAAUAGACUACUCUCUGUGCUCUCCCACGUCGUACUGUGUCUCUAACAAUAAAGUUUAUACCUGUUUUUGCA